UUUUGCUAUUGAUGUGUCUCAACUCUUUCGAUGCAAAAAAGAGACACUUAUAAUUUUUGUUAACUUCUUGUACUAAAUAUCAAAGUAGUAAAUUCGUUGUAAAUUCAAAAAAGCUGAAAUAAAGAUCACUCAAGGAAGUAUUAUCUUUAGACAGCGCCAAUGUCAGAUAAGCUAUCAGAUGAUGUGUCCUUUGAUUCAGAGAAAACCUCACAACAGGAAGAACAAAUUAGGAUAUGGCGUAUGACUUUAGCUGUACAUUUUAGCAAUCUUUUGUACUCAGCAGCGUUUUGGAUACAAAUUGGAAUCAACCCAUACAUCAUCAAAUCCCUUAAUGUCGAUGUGGUCACCUAUGGUUAUCUUCAAACAGCAUUUUCUGGGCUACAACUUCUUGGUGGACCUGUUUAUGGACGUCUUGGUGAUAUCUUUGGUAGUCGAAGGGUCCUUAUUUUGGCACACACCUGUGGAUUCCUCAUGUAUUGUCUCAAUUUUCUUGCUGAUAAUACAUUGAUGCUCUUCUUGGCACGUCUUCCUGGCCUUCUAUUACAUGGAGCUCAAGGUGCUCAGAUGGCAAUAACUGAUGUGACAAGUCACAAAGAGAGGGCUGUUGCUCUGGGGAAACUCAGCUUCUCUUACGGCCUUGGUGUCAUUCUUGGACCAUUUCUUGGUGGACAAAUCUCAAAAUAUUCCUCUCAAAAAGUUACUAUGUUGUUUGCAGCAGCUUUGUCUGCAUUUGCUGUAGUAUUUAUAAAUAUCACCCUUUCUAAAUUACCUGUAAAGUCAGAUCAAGAAAGAAAGGAUACUUCCUCACUUUUGGAUGCAAACAUCAGCAACUUGAUGAGUAUUCCCAGUGUUAGAUUUUUAUAUGUGAUGAAACUUAUCUCUGGUUUGCCUUUUGCUAUAUUCCAAUCAAUGUUUUCUGUUAUUGUGGUAAACUCAUUCGGUUUUACGGCUGCACAAAAUGGAGCAUUCAUGUCUUAUGUUGGAUUAUUAAUGAUUCUUGUGCAAGGUGUUGCAGUAGGAUUUGUGACAAGACAUAUGAAUGAUAAGAAAACCUUGGUCCUUUCUAUGGUUGCCAGUUCCUUUGGUUAUUUUAUUUGGUGUUACAGUACUAAAGCAGUGCAUCUGUGUAUCUUAGUAAUUCCUCUCAUGUUUGGUGGUGGUCUAUUCAGUGUUAUAACCAACUCAAUUUUAACCAAGGUUGUUCCAGCAGAUGAUACUGGAUUUGCACUUGGGCUAUCAUUUGCAACUCACUCACUGCGAACACUCUCCCCAACAUUAGGAGGAUUACUUCUUGCUAACUUUGGCUAUACUUCUUUAGGAGGUUUUGGAUGUGUUGUCUGUAUUGGCUCAGCAUUAUAUAUAUUCGCAUUAAGUAAUGCUUCAAUAGAAACAAACAAAUCUACUUAAUGUGGUUUUUUAAUUGCAAAAAUUAUUAACUUAUUUAAAUAAUUAAUUUCUUGUACAAUUGUUUUAGAUGUUGUCUUGAUAAAUUAUCAAUACAGUAUCUUAAAUAAUAUCUUGAUGCAGUGAA